CCUUCACUCAUUGUAUACUCCUAAGUCCUAAUCAAUCUCUCUCUCUCUCUCUCCCUCUUCUCUCUCUACCAUGGAAAAACAUAUCAAUAUAGAAGAAAGUGAUGCUAAUGAAAAUUUUGCUACAUCCUCAACAACAUCAUCGACUUCAUCAAAUUCAGAUACAAGCACCAGACACGACACAAAAGCCUCUCCAAAGGAUUGCAAGAAGAGGAAGAGAAAUAGUGAAAGUGAUGAAAAUAAUAGCAAACAUCCAACUUAUAGAGGAGUUAGGAUGAGAAAUUGGGGAAAAUUUGUUUGUGAGAUUCGUGAGCCGAAGAAAAAAUCAAGAAUAUGGCUUGGAACAUACCCUACAGCUGAAAUGGCAGCUAGAGCACAUGAUGUAGCUGCUUUAGCUAUAAAAGGUCAUUCAGCAUACCUUAAUUUCCCUGAAUUAGCAAAAGCACUUCCAAAGCCAAUAAGCACUUCUCCAAAAGACAUUCAAGCUGCAGCUGCAAAAGCAGCUAAUAACACUUCAUUUGAAGCUCAAGUUGAAGCAAGACAAGAAAAUCAACAUGACUCCUCUUCAAGUUCAACAUUUACUAAUGAUGAUGCUACAUUGUUUGAUUUGCCAGAUCUUUUUCCUGAUGAUGGAAACAAUGGACUUUGUUCUUAUUCUUCAAAAAAUUCUUCUUGGUAUUUAUGUUCUGUUGAUAGUGGAUUUAGGCUUGAGGAACCAUCUUUUUGGGAGAAAUACUAGUGAUUAUGGUAAAAAAAAUGUAACAUUUUCAGAGUUUGUUUUGUUUUUUAGUCACAGCAUUUGCAGAAUCUACACAAAGAAUACAUUUUUGUAUGUAAUUAAAACUGUUGUCCCAUUUAACUAUUCUGCUGUGAUUUGAUUGAAACAUAUUACAUAGAAACUCCCAAAGAUAACAUUUUUGUUUUACUUUUGUGGUGAAUAAUGAUGUGAUUAAAGUGAGUAAAGAGUCUCUAAUCCAUGGUCAGGUAAUGAUUAUGGUAAAAUUAAGGUUAUUUACUGGAUUUGGGCCCAUUAUAGCACAUCUUACUUUUAGUUUAGAUAGAUUGAAAAUUUAUCACAAAUU